GAGCGGUGUUUUGUAGUUUUGGCUUUGACGAGCUGCUACAACAAAAAUUACGCACUGUCCAUAGAAGUAAUGUUGUGAUCAGCUAAGUAAUAACGUGAAUGUCCAUUCCUACAACUUUUCUGUCUUGCAUAGCGCAUCAUUUGUGUGCUGUCACGUUUAUUUAUCCAAUCCAAUCCGAGUCGAAAGAAGCGCACGAAAGAGCACGCGACGACGAAACAGAAACCGCAGAAACAAGACUCAAAUGUUGUGCACCAAAGACACGACUGCAACAACUCACUGCACUGAGACAAUUGUGUGAAAGUGUUAUGUGUUGUUCAUACCAUUGCACAAGCUAGUCGUUUAAUUUGCACCUGCCGUUCACCUUGCUCUGGGAGGUCACUGCAGCUAGCUGUGAUCGGGUUACAACCAUCUAACUCUAAAAAUAGGACGCUGUGGUGCGAGACACCGACAUGCUGCGAGUAAUAUUUUUAAUUGUAACAGUUGGCCUGUGUGCAUCAGAAAACAUCCCACAGAACGAUGUAUUUGCUGUCAACUCUGUUCAAGAUGAUGACUUUUACAGCCAAGACGUUGGCGACGCUGAAAAACUUCGAGUUAUCAUUGGAGACAGCUCCGGCUGGGUGAAUCCACACAACAUGUUCAGCUACAACCAAGGAUCUCAAGUGAACCGACCAAGCGAACGAUCAGAGAGCACAGCCGAGACUGACGAGCCGAUAUCUGAAGACACCGUGACUCCGAGUGAACGGAAAGCUUUGUAUUCUAAGAAAGCAUGGGCAACCCCCAAGCUUGUCCGCACUAAACCACCUCCGCCAACACAAGAGACUCAGGAGGUGCGCUCAGAGCCUGCACCGUUGUGCGACCCCUGCGACUGCAAGUGCCGGGAACUGAAAACGGACCUUCAGAAGUGCCAAGCUGACUUGCAGGCUGUUCGCUUACGAGCAGUGCUUGCAGACGUCGAAUCACCCAGGGGAUCCUCUACUGGCUGCGACAGAGAUCGCCAAUUUGUGUAUCUUCGUCGUCUGGCUUUGAGCUUUGUGUACCAUGCGAAGUUUCGUCGGCGCAACAUUCAGUCCAAUAUCAAACUGUCCAUCCUGCUUUCUCCAGAAGAGAUUUCCGCACUUGAGCAGCUCGCAAGGCACGAGGAAAGUCGUGCUGAAGAACUGGAGAGCCAUCUGUCCGCCAUUUUGGCAAGCUCUACUGUGGUUCCAGACAUUCCCAUGGAUACAGGCAUCAUGGCUGCCAUCGCCACCUGGUGUACCAGCGUUUUCGGACAACCGCGUGCAGAAUGGAUUGUCCCAGGACUGGCACUUUUGGGAGUGUUGCUCUUUGCUGCGCUGCACGGAGCCUCCUGGCGUGUGGUCUUCCUAGCGGUCGUAAUUUAUUUGUUCUUCGCGAGCUUCCUGUGGCAUUGGGUUCAUCUCUACAAGGUUACCGAGGCCCACCGUGAAGCGUAUCUCAAACAGAAUGUGGACGCUGCUAGCAAAUGCACACCCGAUUAUGAACCAGGGGUCCUGUCUAGCAUAGCAGACAUGUUCAGAAAGAAGGUCGACUGCGAGCAGUACUACGAGGAAAUUCAUGUUAGUCCUUUGUGGAGGAACAGUCCCAUGGUGGUACUGUCGGAAACACUGUUCCGUAGCAUACUGCAUCCCCUCCUUUUUUCUGGCAAGUACCUCGGACGCUUCAUGAGCGAUUUCUACGGUCACUUAACCUGGUGGAGCAUUUUGCCAGCGUCUGCUUUCCUCGUCUGCGUCACCAUCGUUUUACUCGCACUCUGCCUGGGCUACGCGGUGGUCCUCCCCUGUGGCCUCGGCACCCUCAACCCACUGAGAGUCACAGCCAAGCCAAAAGUCAAGGGCACAGAUGACACGCAAGAUCCACCUUUCAUGACACACAGAGCUGCACCACGUAGUGUUGAAGAAGGGCAAGGAGAUUGCAGCGUGGUAACAGAAAAGGUAACGGCAGAACUUCCAGAAAAGAGAGAUAUUAAUGGCAGUGAAACAAACAGAACACCAACGCCUCAAGUCACUGCACAAGAAAGCGUUGACAAAGAUAACGAGACAAAAAAGGCAGCUCCGCCUGCAGUAGGCACUCCCACAACGGAGUACGUUGAGGACGUAGCGGAUGAAGAAAUUUCGGAGGAAGAGGACGAUGAGGAGGACGAAGAGGAGGAGGAGGAGGAGACAUCGUGGUGAGAUGUCGAAAGAGACAACGCUGUGAUAGGUGCAGUGCACAAAUAUGGGAGUGUUUCUAUGACUUUGUCUUUCAGCAUAGAACUGUUCCCUGCUUUUAAGUAUGUUUGUAUGAUUAAAGUGCAAUUCUGAGAGUGGUUGCAUUAAGUACAGGUUCAAUAUUGCACUUGUUACACAUUUCGCAGUACAUGUCGCGUCUUACCCACCUCAAUCUUUGCUGUCCAAUACAGCAGGCUCUGUAUGACGUCGAACAUAAAAGUAAUAUGCAAGUGAGUUGGUGUACACUUGGCUUUGUCAGGGUAUAGAGGUCACUAAAACCUAACUCAUCAUCAUCAUCAUCAUCAUCAGAGUAUCGAAGUAAAAAGGACCGCUAUGAAAAUCAGAGCCCCUGAGCUCGGAGUGAAAGACAGAACACAAAAUGCACAUUGUUGUUUGUUUUGUGUUCUAUUUUUUCCCAAAAGAAAAUUGUGUGCUGUGCAAUGGUUUUAAUCACUCAAAAGCUUUUAUCUUCUGCUGCAUCCACUUCGCGUUAAUCUUUCACUACGUGAAACCUUUUAGGGAGCCUGACAGCAAACUGUUGGUAGCUAGGAAGCCAAUACAACUCCAAAUCUGUCGUCAUUUACAUUUCCUGCGUAUCAUCCGCUGUCUUUAGAGACAUGAAGCUAAUGUGAUGUAGACGCACGAAAAUGGCAAAUUUCUAGUUGGCUAGGUUAUUCAUUAGCAAUACAUCACAUGAAAUGGUUGCUUUUUGUUGUUCCUUUGGCACAGCACUAGUUUCUGUAAUAAACUCUGGUUAUACGUCAAGAAAAAAAAAAAAAACGUGAGAGGAAACUUGAGGUGAGCUAGUUGUUGCGCCUUAUUUUCGCAUUCUGUCCUGCAUACCAAGUGUGUAACAAGAGCAAUGUUCACCCUGUAGCUACUGAAGAGAGCACGGGUAUAAUACUCUACUACAGGCACUACUAUUAUGCUCUAGCAUCAGCUUCGCACUUAGCUUAGUUUUUGUGGGGUAUAUGCAGCCGGACAUCGUCUAGUCAUCUGGGGCAAGCACAAUAUGAGUGCAGGGGGACUGGCAUUGUCAUAUUGUGCAUCACACGUAAUCCAAAUGUCAGGGUUGAAAAAGAGUCAACUUGUAUUGGCUGUCAACUGCUGUUGUGUAUCCGUAUGCAUACCCUCGUUAUGCAUACAGUUUUGCUUCAAGUUCAUUGUGUGUUCAAGUGAUCUAAUACGUACUUGUAAACUUCCUCAAAUGUAGCAAAGCACACAACUCUGUAGUACAUCAGCAGCAGACAGUAUCGUGAGUUACUUUGCCUGUAACGAUUGUAAGGUUUGUGCUCAGAAUUACUUCCAGACCCCUGGGAUGCCGCAGACAACAGUGGAAUACUCGCUCAGUGCCCUUUAAAGAAACGAAAUUAAACCACUGUGGGAUGUGCCCAGUUACAGCCCGGUGUGGGGCAAACUGUAUUGUCUAGUUGGCGCUAUGAAUACAUUUCAUUUAAUUUAUUAUACCUGAAGUGCCUCGUGGGGCAAUGACAUGACCCCUAUGGUAAAUGAAUUACAAAAUGCUGCGACAUAUUAGUCUGCAAACUGUGAAUUGCCUGCAACUCUUAUUGUCAUAUUUUCAUCUGCAGAAUUUGAAAUCUCAGGUUGCAUUUGUGGUCGAGCACUUUACUGUUGGAAAGACGUAUUCUUUGUAUCUGUUUCACUGCAUAAAAAAGCAAUAUACAAGGUGUACAAAAAUGUUUUUAAAAUUAUUUGUCUGAACAUUAUAAGGUAUAAAUGCUGUUCAUCUGGGGGGGGGGAGAGAGAUUUUGCUAUUGCUUCUGAGUGCUCUUAUCUAAUUUAAUUUGCAUGAAAUUGAUAUUUUGCAAAUUGAUUUCCAGUUCUUUUUUUCUUUUUUUUUACAGAAACAGAAAGCCCAUGUCAGAUUUAUUCCACUGCAUUGUAAAAUAUAUCCCCUACUGCUUUGGUAAUCGCUGGGGGGGGGGGGGGGGGAAUGAGCAAAAAACGACAUUUUGAGGCACGAAAAUUGUCGGUGGAGCCCAAUUCUCCAUCAAAUUCGUGCAAGAUGCGGCGGAAGAGAGACAGUCCCAUGCCCCUUCCUGUUUCCUUCUCAACUUUCUUUCAGAUAACUUUACGUUGCAACCAUGCUGUCGUUAUCAAAAAAAGCUUGAAAAGGGCAGGUAUAUGACCUCCUCGCAGUGCCUCUUUCUGAGUGCUGCUGGAAAUUUGUGCAUCUCCAAACAAUGCUUUUCGCUUCUUUUGCGGCUGUUGCCAUUCUAUUAUUGAAUGUAUUUUCCAACAGAAUCGGGUAAAUCCGGCAUGCUCUUUCUGUUUCCGUAAAAGAACGUGACGUUAGGUUGGCGUAUUUUGGAGCUAAUUGGGAAAAUUCAAUUUCCUCGCAUAUGAAAUUGGAUAAAAGUGCUCAGAAGUCAUGCCAAAAUCUCCCCCGAGUUAAAUAGCGUUUAUCCAAUAGUGUUCAGAAAAGUAAUUUUUUUCAUAUGAAUUUUUUUCACAUUAGGUGGAACACCCUGCAUAUUCUUAGCUAUAAGCAUUUCAAGCAAAUAUGUGAAUAGCAGCUCUACAAGCAGCUGUGCAAGUUUGACUCACUCAAUUAAUUUUCUCUACUAAUCGCUGCACUGGGAUCUGUCUAGAUAGCAUGUCACCAGAUGGACAUUUUCUAUGCAUAUAUUGUGUGCAAUUGCGAGAAUGGAAGUUGUGUGGUGAAAUUGAGGUAAUCUUAUCUGAGUUUUGCUCUGUUCAAAUGUUGCAUUUACUGAUUCAAGCUGUGUACCUUCCUUUUUUGCACUGACCGGUACUUCAGAAGAAAAAAGCCUCAAUAGGGUAUCCAAUUUGUUACAAUGAUAACACAAGUGUACAGGAAAGCAAAAAUACAAUAUGUUCUUGCCAGAAUUUUGUACUUAACAAUUACUGCUGAACUCAGUAAUUUCAGAAAUGUGUGCUUGUAUUUUGUAAGGUUUCUUCCAUUGCCUCCAUAACCACUGAUUCCAAAACUAUGGCAGCUUGUUCCUUACUGAUCACUGACAGUGAUACCAAAAAUCCUCGAGUUACUGGCAAUUACUUUUUGCACAAUUUGAUUAAGUAUACUGCAAGAGCAUGCACCGGAUGUGCCCCCCUCCCUUGAAAAUACGAGAAGAUGCCAGAAUGAAAACGACCAAUGAGGGAACGUCCCCAGUAAUGCAGAAACUCGGAAACUGCCAAUCGUCUGCCCGAUGAUUUGCCCUUCGAACGUACCAGGAUGUUUUUAGCGCCAAUGUAUAAAACAAAUUUCUUUAAUAUCUACACACUUUUCGGGAGAGAAAAUUGGCCAAAAGACUGUCAAGUGAUGUCCAACAUUGUGGUACUUGAUCCAUACACACACAUUUCUGAAAAUUACAUUAUGAUAGGUAGAGCAUCAUAUUCCAGCGUUAAAGAGGUUGUGACACCCUGAUAUGUGCAUUACAUCAUGCGUGCACUGCACUGCCUGUAAGAGUAUCCAGAUAAUAGGGACUGCGCCAUGAAAAUCA